CCGCAGGUAAAUAUGUUGACGCAUACCGAAAACAUGGCGGCCAAACACAGACGCCGUGAGAAAUUAAACUGUAGAUAAUAUGAAAGAACAGAAAAGAGACAGUAGCAUGCUUCUUCAACAAAAAUGGAAAACAGAAAUUUAUAUUCAGUGAUCAGUCGACCAUCCAAAUGAAUAAAUUCUGCUUCAUAAGAAUAUAAAAACAGGUCAGCUAACAAAGGAGCACAAUUCAUGUCCAUAAGAAUACCUACAGACUGUUGGAAAACCUGAUCACCAAAGACUACGAAGAUAUUGUCAAUGAGGAAUUCUAAAAUAUUUUUUAUUUCAACUUCAGAGUACUUGUGCGUGGAAUUGGAGUGGUGUUGAACAAAAUCCUGUGAGCUGAUUACAUUGCCAACUACAACGCUGAUAUUUCAUGAUGUAUAUCUUAGUUGCCUUCUGGUACAUCACACUGUGUCUGAAUUUGACAAAUGGAAUUGUCAGAGAAUACUACAUGGAUGGUCCAAGUACCUGUGGACAGACAAUCAUUAUAUAUGAGAACAUCAUAAACCUGGCAGCCCGCUCCCCCAUUUCCAUCCCCAAUCCACCACCAAUUUGCACAACAACUCUCAGGUCUGGAUACACCGAUUCUUACUACUAUAUCAAAGUGGAGUGGACUGCAACCAUUAAAGACUGCGCAUUUGCUCUCAAUAUCUACGGAGGAACUGUGGCUUCUGGAGCUCCAAUUAAAAGUUUUCGCUGCUUAGGGGACCAGGAAAACACAGGCAUUAUUGAGGUCAGGGAAUCGGACAUCACAGUACAUCUAACACAGGCACGCGAUCUCUUCCAACCCCAUAAUACAUUCAACCUGCGUAUUACUACUUAUCGUGACCCUUCUGCACCUGAGUUAUCGGAAGGAACCUCAAAACUCCCAACAGGUGCUGUCAUAGGGAUUGUGAUUGGUCUGUUUGCUCUCAUUGUUUUCUGCAUUGUAAUGUGCUGGUUUUACAAACAAGGAAAGCUCAAGUUUCUAGAAAAGAAGUCACUACAAAGCUACCGAGAAAGAGGUGGUAGUGUGUCUGGUAAAUCUGAUAAUAUAUUUCGCAGUCUACAUGGAGGUUCCACUGGAUAUAUGGAAUCAAGUGCAGGCUCAGAAUUGUCUCUCUCCUCAAAAAACUGGGAUAAUCAGCAAAUGUGGGCUAGCUUAACACAUACCCCUACCAUGGGACGUAAAGUAAAACCUGUGUCUAUCCCCUUAGCUCCUCCACUGCCUUCUAUCCACAACAAAGAGAAGAGCUUGGAAAGUGACAGCCAAGCAUCCAUUUCCAGGGAUAUCAGUAUACCAGCCUUGUCAUCUUCUGCACAGAGAGGUAGGAGAAGGACCCAGAGUACUGAUGAACCGCCUAAAGGACGUCGUCCAACAGCAGCUAAUGGCCAAUCCAAGCAAAACUUUGAUAACCAUGGCUACAAUGAUAAAGACUACAAUAAAGAAAAUGAGAGAAACAUAAAGAAGGAAACCAAUAUUGAUGAUGUGUUUGAAACUGCUAAACAAACAGGUGGGAUUUUGCAUGAACUCAAAAGAGAACUGUCUCGAAGACAGAGCAUGAAAGAAAUGAAGGCAGAAUCAGAGACAAGUGACAAAAAAUCUGCAGACUCUGCAGAAGGCCCAGCCUUUGAGAGUACGCCAAGGACUUCCCGCAAAGCAGAAGGACAGUCGGAAGAGAGAGGACUCGCUAACAAGUCAAAAUAUGCUGGUAUUGAUCAACAAAGUGAGGUGGGGGAACCAGACAAAAUUAUUAACCCUAUGCUCCAAACAAAUCCAGCCAUUAGAGCCUCAGUCAGUUCACUUCGGUCCAAAACGGAUGAAUCACCAGGCUCAAAAAGGAAGAAACGCAAGAAGAAAUAUGUUGGUGUUCACAAGCAUCCAAGUAAAGGGAAAGGGGACAACCAGGAAAACACUACUAACAGGUAUGACUCCAUUCCAGAUAAUUCAUUUGACUCUAUGCCACCUGUUCACUCCAAAUCUGAUGAUGGGCCACUUCCCCCAGAGGCAUUAGCUCCUGUUUUUGCCACAGACACAUCUGUAAUGCAACAUUUUUAUCCUCCUCAACAAGACUAUCAUAACCAAAUGAAUGAAAUAGUUUUAUUGGGUUAUGAUGCAUAUGGUAAUACAGUGUAUGGAAAUCCUCAUCAUUACCAAAGUGGUGGACAGAGUUAUAUGAUAGAUCCACAUGGGAACUAUGUUCCUCUGGCUGAUAUGUCAAAUCCAGGGAUACCAGGUUAUACCUCUACCCCAUACAAUACACAACAUCAUCAUCAAAUGCCUCAUGACCAGCUUGCAAAAUCAAAUGUUCUGAAUCCCAUGAACAUAAAAAGUUCUAUAGUGCCAUCUGGAACCGUGUUGGAUGAUCCUCAUAUUCCUCCUCCUGGGGGCACAUUAGUUCGAUCAGCAGUGGAUCAAAAAACAGGGGCACAGGUCAAUCAAACAGUUUGGGCAGACAGCAAGAGGGAUCCUACAGAUCCACCUCCUGGAGAUCACAACCCACAGAUUACUCGCAAAACCAUUGUCCGAGUGACUACCAAAGACACAACAGAUGGAAAAUUGCCAUCAGCACCUGAUCCAAAGCUGCAGGAGGUUUCCUUUAAUGCAGCUCAGCAGUUGCGUCUACAGCCUGCAGAGGACCCCAGCUUUCUCUCUCCCUCUAAACCAGUCAGACCAUUGACAUCAAAUGGACCACACACCAUUUAUGCUUCAGAAACACCAGAGAGAGAAAAUGCUGCAUUCUAUUCCCACAUUCACCCUCCAUCUGUGCUGGACACACCAAGAACUUCAGUGAUGCGUGAUUCCCCUGCUAAAAAUCAUGCAAUCCGUGACAAGAUUGCAUUCAACAGGGAAUCAGAGGAAAUAUAGACAGAUUUUCAUCUGUGAGAUAAAAAAAUUCCUAUACAUUUUUAUCAUUUUUACAUCACCUAUUAUAUACGCUAGAAUGUUUUACUAAAAUCUUGUUUCUUCAUGAAAUUUUGGUAUACAUGUUAACAAACAAAGAAGAUUGAAAUCAUUGAGAUUAAAGACAUAAGAGAAUACAUGUGAGAAGGCAGUGCAUUCCUGUAGUUGUCAUGCCUUAUAUUUCCUAUAUACAGAUACCAGAAUCACUUUGAUCAUUGGUUGAAUGCAAGAUCAAGAAACACACACCAUUCAACAGAAAAUAAAAUUUCAGUCUGUAAAAAGACUGACAAUUAUAUUAGUUCUGAUUAAUAUUUAUUGACGAAAUGAACUGCAAUAAAAGUACUUUAAUGAAUUUUAGAAUUUGUCACAGUUUAAAAAUGUAAACGACAUUUUGAUAUUUAUUUUAGAUAUUGAUUUAUUUUCUCUUUUAUCUAUGCUUUUGACAUACAGAUAUCCUAUGAAAAAUAUUUCUGUCGCAUGACAUAAUUACUCUGUAUAUUAUAUAUAACGCAGGUGAAUAUGUUAAUUUGUAUGAACAACAAUCAUUGCAGCAUUUUGGCCUUUAAAAGUAUAGAUGACUUCAUAGAGGCUAAAGAAAAUAAUAACAUUGAUGAAAAUAGCCAGUCAUCUUAAAUAUUACUGACAGAAUUCUUUAAGUGAAAUCAUGAAAUAUGGUCGUUAUAACGAUCUAGUUCGUCAAUACAACCUAUCAUUGGGUCAAAUGCUGUCUGACGUGUUUCAUACCGAUUGUUAAGCCGUUCUUGGCACACUGAUUUUGACUAUGGAUAACUCUGUUUACCUGAACAGGAUAUAGGGCUCACAGCAGGUGUGACCGGUCGACAGGGGAUGCUUUUUCCUCCUAGGCACCUGAUCCCACCUCUGGUGUGUCCAGGGGUACGUGUUUGCCCAACUAUCUAUUUUGUAUUGCUUGUAGGAGUUAUUAGAUUGAUCACUGUUCGUUAUUUUCACCUUUCAUCAUGUGAUUCAUUCAAUAUCACCCCACCCCCAAUGAACGUAAUCACUUUUCUUUGCAGAUAUAUGUAUACAUUUGUAUGUAUUUUCAUGCUGCCCCACGAGGGCCCUUGAUUGAAAAUAAAUAUGUUCUUCUU